CUUGGGUUUCCUGUGGUGUACUCAUGUGGUUUUCAUAUGACAGCUUCAGCUAACUUGGCUAUGACGUAUUUCACUGUUAAUCAUAAACUCAUCGAUUCGUUUCCUGCUUGGUCAAAGUAUAUUUGAUUUUCGAUUUCCACUCUGAAAAUGGGAGCUGUUCUUGGAGUUUGUUCAGCAGCAUCUUGUGCUGCAAGUCUAGCAUGUUGCUGUGGCUCSGCUGCUUGUUCUCUCUGCUGCARAGCUUGUCCAAGAUGUCGAAAUUCUACAUCCACACGAAUUGUGUACUCGUUGUUUCUGUUAUUUGGUCUGAUUCUUUCUUGUGUUGCUCUUAUUCCUGGAGUUAAGGACAAACUCAAAAGUAUACCUUAUCUGUGCGAGAAAAUAAGUGGUUGUGAACAAAUUGUAGGGUAUCUUGCAGUCUACAGAAUUGGUUUGGCUAUGGCAGCUUUCUUCUUGUUAUUCUGUAUUAUCAUGUACAGUGUCAGUGACAGCAAGGAUUGCCGAGCAGGUUUACAUAAUGGCUUCUGGGGAAUAAAGAUUUUAUUGUUUCUUGGUUUCAUUAUUGGUGUGUUCUUCAUUCCAAAGGGUCAAUUUUCGGAAGUAUGGAUGUAUGUUGGUCUUGUUGGUGCRUUCAUCUUCAUUAUCAUMCAACUUAUUUUACUKGUUGACUUUGCACACACCUGGAAUGCUUCUUGGGUAUCCAAGAUGGAGGACACUGGCUCWAAAUUYUGGGCCAUCAUGCUUUUGUUUUUUACUUUUCURAUGUAUGGUGUCUCCAUUGCUGGAAUUGUUUGUCUGUAUGUGUACUACACACAGUCCAAGGAUUCRUCUUGUCAUACAAACAAGUUCUUUAUCAGUUUUAACUUAAUCCUCUGUCUUAUUGCAUCUGUGUUGGCUAUCCAUCCUAAAGUUCAGGAUAAACUUCCAACUUCAGGGUUAUUGCAGUCAUCRGUGGUGACUCUCUACACUGUGUUCUUGACUUGGUCUGCUCUGUCAUACCAACCAGAUCAAAAAUGUAAUCAGUUCUAUGUAACAGACAUCACGCUAAAAGGUCUGGAUGUCCAAGGUAUCAUUGGAGUCAUGCUGAUGUUUGUCAUGGUGAUCUAUGCCAGCGUGCGCACCUCCAGUAGCUCACAAGUUGGAAGACUUGGUAUGCGCACAAAGCAAGAGUUGAGUCACCCCUCUAAUGAWACUGAACCAACAGUCUUACAAGGACAAGGYGARACACGCAGUGACAUUGCUUUGGUAGAAUCUGGAGAUGGUAGACAAGUGUAUGAYGAUGAGGAAGAAGGAGUGGCUUAUAGUUACUCAUUCUAUCAUUUCAUGUUGUUCCUGGCUUCACUGUAUAUCAUGAUGACUUUGACAAAUUGGUACAGACCACAAGGUUCAAACUUUGACCACCUAAAAUACAGCGAGGCAGCAGUCUGGAUGAAAAUUAUAUCAAGCUGGUUGUGCUUGCUGAUCUACAUUUGGACUUUGCUGGCUCCAAUACUUUUCCCUGACAGAGAUUUCUCAUAAGGGAAAGAAAAACAUAGUAAUUUAGAGCAUAUAUACACCAGAAAAAUCAAUUAGUGGCAAAAAGUGACACAAGUUUACUCAUUGAGGAACUCUUGACAUAGCAUCAUUGUCACAUAGAAGUAUGCUGAAGUCAUUCCAUGAAUUAACUUCUCUCCUGAUGAUUUGUUAGCUGCCAAAUUCACAAAAAAUAUAUAAAGAUUGAGUUGAAUGAAGACUUCAAUAUAGAUAAAAACUGAAUUAGAAAAAAAAAUAGAAAAAUAAUUAUGAUAAUAAAUUUUAAUAUUAAAGUAUUAGCAAAUGUGUAUUUAGGAUUUAGGGGAGGAAUUUCCAUACAAAAGUACAAGCUAGAAAAUUUGAAUUAUUUUUUGAUUUUUAUAACAAAAGACUAGUUGAAAUAUCCUGUGYUAAAGUUGUAACUGACCACAARCACCAAAUAGUCUCUCYYAAACUCUAAAAGGUAURCAAGGGUCUUACUUUYGACACUAAAAGGAUCAUUAAAAUCUUUAACCUGGUUUAGUAAGGGAGAACUCUCCCAUCCUAUYCCCCCAGGCUCAGUAUAUGUAACCAACAUAUAGUUGAUGAUAUAGUUAUGUCAUAUGAUCAUCGUAGUGAAGUCUGAUUGUUAAUUAAGGAUUGUUCUGAAAAAAAUGGGAUGGCAGUGGAGUGCUUUACUUACUGAGCUAUGAAGCCAACAAUGAUGGUGAGCUGUCGUUUCAUUUGGCAAAUCAAGCCAUCUCUGUCCUUUGCUGCUGUUUUGACUUUAGUUCAGUAUAACUCAUGCAAAAACUGUAUGUGACUACUAAGAAUAAUAUUAUUGUAAAUAAAAAAGUAUACAGCACA